CAACGUCUAGUUGAGUUUCGGAUUCUGCUUUUAAUUUCAAGGGGCUGUGAUUUGGACUUGGAAUUUACUAUGGAUGAAGCCCCUUGUAGCGCCAAUGCGCUGCCUCCGUUUAUUGUGAAGACAUAUGAAAUGGUGGAUGAUCCCUCCACUGAUCCAAUAGUCUCUUGGAGUUCAAAUAAUAAAAGCUUCAUUGUUUGGAAUCCUCCUGAUUUUGCAAGAGAUUUGUUGCCUAGAUACUUCAAGCACAAUAAUUUUUCCAGUUUUAUCCGACAGCUAAACACUUACGGAUUCAGGAAAAUAGAUCCUGAACAAUGGGAAUUCGCAAACGAGGAUUUUCUUAGAGGUCAGCCACAUCUUCUGAAGAAUAUAUAUAGACGGAAACCUGUUCACAGUCAUUCUGCACAGAAUAUUCAAAACCUUUCAUCUGCAUUGACCGAAUCGGAAAGACAAGGGUAUAAGGAAGAUAUUGAAAAGUUGAAACAUGAGAAUGAAUUGCUUCAAUUAGAAUUACAAGGACAUAAACAAGAUCAUCAAGGACUUGAAAUGGAAAUGAAGGUCUUUACUGAACGUGUCCAACAAACGAAAAACCAACAAAAGAACGUGUUAUCUACUUUAGCUCGAACCAUAAAUAAACCAGGAUUAGCUUUGAGUCUCAUGCCGCAGCUGGAAAUGAAUGAAAGAAAGAGAAAGAAAGCGAGUUCUUCUGAAGAUUCGACUAGGGAAAAUGUGGACCCCACUUCUCUUUUGACCGUCAACAAGGAACUGCUAGAUCAGUUGGAAUCCUCUUUGACCUUUUGGGAGUAUAUACUGUGUGAUAUUGAUCAAGCUGCGAUGAGACGGAGCUAUUCAUUGGACUUGGAUGAAACUAUAAGUUGUGCCGACAGCCCUGCUAUAUCUUACCGACAACUAAAUGAUGAUGUUGGGUCUAAGAUUUCAGGUAUUGACAUGAAUUCUGAGCCUACCGGAAAUGCUACUCCUGAUGUUACUCCACCAGAAGACCGAGUAGCAAUUGCUAAUAAUGUGCCAACAGGAGUAAAUGAUGUAUUCUGGGAACAAUUCCUAACUGAGAACCCUGGUUCUACUGAUGUAAAGCAGGAAAUGGAAGAUACGGAUAGCAAAAUAAGUGAAUCGAAGACAGUGGAGCAAGAGAAAUUUUGGUGGAACGUGAAGACUGUAAAUAGCCUUACAGAAAAGUUGGGACAUCUUACUCCAGCGGAGAGGACGUAGCGCGGCAGGUUAUGUACUAUUUUUAUAGUAAAUGUUUUUUUGCCUCUGGCUUGUUGUAAAUAUAUAGAAAGUGAUUUGUCCGAGUAGAUAGAAUUUGGGUAUAUUAAACUCCAUUUUUGUUUUUACCUUAAUGGGCAUGACAUGAUAUGGUGAAUGAUGGGUGACCUCUUUCUUCUCUCCACAUACAUUUAUAGUAAGUAAAUUUUGUACAUUAAAUAUUGCCCGGUAAUAUUCUAGGUAUUCCCUUGA